AUUCAAAUUGCAUUAUAUACUUACUUAAGAAUGGGUUCUUUCAAGCGAUGCGGAAAUAUAGAACUGAUGAAAGUGUUAAAAAUCUGAUUGAUUACAUCCAGAGGCGUUAUGCAUGUUGCGGUAACUUUCAUUAUUCUGAAUGGUUCAAGGUUGACUGGAAAAUCAGCAUGUCUGAGCAUUUAACUGGCUUUCCAUCUGCUUGCUGUGAUAAGGUGGAAGCUGAGCUGCGUGGGGUUACCUGCAUUUCAGAAGUUGAUUAUAGGGAUCUGGGUAGGUUGGUACCAAUUCAAACUGGAUGCUUGGAACCGGUCAGGUGGUGGUAUUAUAUGCUUUUUCUUAUCUCUGCUAUAUUGUUUGGUGUGGCUGCACUUGCUCAGUUGGUGUCUUUUGGAAUAGCCGUGCUGCUAGCCGGCCAAGAAGCCAGCGCCCCAACAACUGACGAACAAAAAAGAGCGCUGAUGCAACAAACAGCAAUUUAUAAUGUCGCAAAAGGAAUGGGGACGAGAAUUUAGCAUAUUGAGCAAACUAAUUUGACAAACGGUUGUGCGCGCGUUUUUAACUAAGCUUGAAUAUUUUGCUGUUAACUUAUUUAUUAUUUAAUUUUGCUGCAUUUUGAAAUAAAACUUGAAAUAUUUUUUU